CGAACGUGGAAAGUACAAAAUACCGGGCCUUGCUUGCAGGCCCACUAUCAGUUUCCUUGGGCCUGCACGCGGGCUAGUCUAAAUCAUAUGCUGGGCUUUAAUCUCUGGGCUUUAAUAUUAUUUUAAAAUCGUUUUAAUUAAUUUCAGGGUAAGUUUUGUAAUGGCCGAAUCAAGUGAAGUUGGACAAGCGGUGCAGGAUGCUGUAAAGGGUGCCCUGAGUGGUAGUUUAAAAUGGAAAAUAUCGCCAUUUGGUGGUGACAUUUCUUUCAUCAUUACCACUGACAAUAUAGAUGUGGCAGAAAGAUUAUUGAAAAUUGGUGGGAUGACAUUCCUCGGCGUUGGAGCGCUCACACUUGGUUCUUUCUUUUGCUACAAUGCUUACAAACACCUAAUUACUGACGCCACUAAAAAAGCUGUUGGUGGAGAAACAGAUGACCAAAAAUUUGGAGGGACCAAACCAGGAUCACUACAUGUUCUACUGCAUUGUCUUACGGAUAAGAGGUUUCUUGAAGUUUUAGCAGAUUAUGAAUCUGGAAGAAUAACAGAACGUAUGGAGAUAGAAUUUUCGCAGAUUGGAAUUAAAACAGAAGGAUUGAAGGUUGAGAUUGAAAAUAUGGAGGAAGUAAAUGAAAUAAAGGCGGCUAUAAACAAGAGGUAUUUAAUUAAUUAAUGGGUGAAUAAAUAGCCAUUGUCUUUACUAAUUAUAACUGAGAUUGUGAGGGAAACAGCGUGCUGUGUGGCCCCGAGAUUGACACCUGUUGCCCCGAGAUUGACACUGUUGCCCGAAGUAACCGACAAACUGAAAUGUGCAUUGAAUAUUCUGGGGCCAGUUGUACGAAGGUCGGACAGCGCUAUCCACCGGAUAGUGAAUUUUUUCAAGCUUUGUUAAAUCAGUCGUUGAUUGGUAUAACUCAUAUUAAAGUUUAGUAUUAAAAGUUAAAUGUUUUUUAUACUUCUUGUGUCGUCCAUAUCCGUAGUUUCACAGUUUUUCAAGCAUUUUACAAAGGUUGAAAAAAUCACCAUCCGGUGGAUAGCGCUAUCCGACCUUCGUACAACCGGCCCCUGUACUGUAUGUCCAUUUGUCCAAUGGGCAAAUGGAAAAUGUGCAGUGGACGUGUUUAUGACCAUUUCACAUUUUAAAAUAUAAAAUUAAUUAAUGCCCUGCAUGUGGGACUGUGUCUCGGCUAGACAGACGAUUAAUAACGCCUAUUAAAGAAAGGGUAAUACGUUUGAAUAGACACAUAGUCAAACACAUAAAUAGAUUAAAUAAAACGAAUCAGUCACAUACAGACUAUCUUUAAAACAUGGAACGGGGAGUUCAACCUCGUAUCCAGGCUCUUUCCACUACUCUCCUCCCUGGAGGAAAGACCUUGGUCCAGGCUGGUCACGUAUCUCCCAGAUUUGGGGAGAUAACAAAAUUUUGCAUAAAAGUGGGGCCGGGGGAGGGGCUAAGUUUGUAUUACCGAUCUUGUUGCCGAUAUCAAUUCUAUAAACUUUGUGUAAUUUUAAUGAAUAGCAAGAGCUUGUGUUGCAAAAUCAAUGAGGUGACAUGUCUUUGUAUAUGUAUCCUCUGUGGAAUGCAUUUGCGUCGGGAAUCCCAGAAUCUGGGAGUAUUUCUGUAUAUCAUUAAAACUCCCAUUGGCAGUCAGGGAGAGUGAAUGCUAAAAAUCCUGAUUUUCUAUAAUAUGGCGAUAGAGUUAUAAAUAUGUGUACUGAUUGUACUGAUUUGUGAUGAUUUUCAUCAAGUAAAAGGUACAGUACAUGUAUGAAUUUGAAAAUGUCUAGAAGUAUUUUAUUGUUACAAUUCAGCAGAUUCCCAUGAGUUCUUAAUCUAACGGUUGUAGUGCGGUUGACUUUAAUAAUUUGUUAUAAUUAUUAUAAUAAAUGUAAGAUAUGUUUUCGAAGGCUAUUUGUAUAUUAUAUCUUGCUGAACUUGUAGUUUAAAUAUUGAGAAACAAAUGACCAGACCGAUGGGCUAUGGCCUAAAAUUCUCAGACUCUUAAUAAAGUUCUACUCUCACAAGAUUAUUAUUCACAAUUAUAUAAUUCUUUAUCACUGCGAGAAAUGUUUACAGAACUAACUACUGUCUACACUGUAGACUACAAUAGUAACUUCAAGUACUUUGUUACCUCCGCCAGGAGGUUAUGUAAUCAUAAAUACCAAACAUAUUCAAACAAAUUUUUUGAGUGCAUUUCCCAUCGGCUAAGGAAGAACUGAUUAAAAUUUGGUUGAAUUUGGUUAAAAAUUGAACGAGAAAUGAACAAAAUUUUGUCUUGCUUUUACCGGUCAAUUUAAAAAGCUCACUGAAUGCGUAAUUGGGACGUGUAUAAUGUACAACAUGAGCUCCACCUUUGAAUUUACUAUAUGAGUAAAUUCUUAAACCCGUCCGAAUUUAUCAUUAUGAUAAAUUCGCGGCACAUUUUGAAUUUAUCAAUAGAGUUAAUCAUAAAACCACAAUCAUUGCACAAGGUUUCUUGUUAUAAAUGUAAUGGCACUAAAAGGAAGGCUGGUCGCGCGGGGGUGGGAAGUUUUUCAUGUUUUUUUAAAAAAUAGUUUUUAAAAAAGUUUUAAAAAGUUUUAAAAGAGUUUUGAAAAGCAAAAAAAGUUUAAAAAGUUAGAUUUUUAAAAAAGUUAAAAAAAUUUAAAAAGUUUAAAAAAUGAGGGUUAGGGGUUAGGGGUUAGGGUUAGAGGUUAGGGUUAGGGUUGGGGUUGGGGUUAGGGUUAGUGUUAGGUGCCGCGAAUUUAUUAUUAUGAUAAAUUCAAAAUUUGCCGCGAAUUUAUCAUAAUGAUAAAUUCGGACGUGUUUAAGAAUUUACUCAUAUAGUAAAUUCAAAGGUGGAGCUUAUGCUGAUAAUGUAUGCACGCAGUACUAAGAAGACAAUGACAUGAUAAACCUCAUUAAGAGGGCGUCUCUGUAAGAGCGGACCACUCGAUCUGGGCUUCAAAAGUAGAUUUCUCUUAUAUUUCAACCGUCGAUACUCUCAUCUAUCCUAACUACUAAACUGGAGUUAAGAUCGUUCUAACGUGGUUUUUACAACCGCUAUGCGAGUUUUUGUCCCAGGACCCAAGUUAAUUAAAAUAUGCCGGUUUCUGAAAUCGCCGAAGCCUACAAUCACAGUCCGCUUUCUCUAUUUUCUCUGCUAAUCAGAGCUUCGUUUUCGGGUCUGAGCUGCACUAGAGUGCUCUUUCUACUAAUAAACUGUAAUAUAUAGCUGCAUGUUUAGUUGCACCUGGCAAAUAAAAAAUUUUUUGUGAUCGAGAUACUUCAACGCAUGUGAUAUCAAAUUCGAGAAUUAUAGGUCCUAAACAUUGCAGAAUUCUCAUUUGUGGCACCUGCCCAGGUUCUAAAUCGCUUUUAAACUUUGAGAUAGGAUGCUAUUCCAUACAUCCACACAAUAAAAUUUGCGGCACAUUGCAUUUCUAAGAAAUCAGGAAGUUGAAUAUUUUUGCAUCUUUUAGCUAUUUUUUAUUAUUAUUAUUAUUAUGACAAUAUUUCAGUAGGAAGCUACACUCACAACAAGGUGAUUUUCAGGCAGGUCCUACGAUAUCAACUAAAAUACAAAUAAAACUACAUUAUAAUAGCAUAUAAAAAAGUAUGUUUAAAAUUAUAUCAGCAUAAAAUCGUAUAUAGAGUUCUUAAAAGAAGUCAAAUUGUUCGAUUGUCUUUGGUCUAAAUUAAUAUAGAGUUCUUAUAUAGAGUUCUUAAAAGAAGUCAAAUUGUUCGAUUGUCUUUGGUCUAAAUUAAGGUUAUUCCAAUCAACGACUGCUUGAUAUAUAUAGCGUUGUUUUCCCCAGUUAGUACGCGAGCGUGGGAGAUGUAAAUCCUUACGGCGGCGUGUGUUGUGGGAGUGAAUUUCAACGUUUUGAACUAGGUUGAAUUGAUAUUUUAUAUACUUAUUUAUACAUUUAUAAAUACCAAUACAACGGUGUUGGCGUCGACGUUCUGAUAGAGGCAUCCAGUUUAGCUGUGCGAGGGCUUCGGUACCGGAAAAGUAUUUGGGAUAAUCCAGUAUAGUUCUUGCUGCGUUAUUUUGCAAAACCUGGAGAUUAUGCAUUAGGACUUUAUUGUUCUUGUUCCCCCACACAAUAUCUGCAUAAUCAAAUAACGGUAAAAUGAGACUGUUAUAUAUCGCCAAACGACCAUGUAGAGGCAGCAAAUACUUAACACGACGCAGAACUCCAAGUCGUUGGCUGACUUUUUUGCUAAGGGCAUCAAUCUGGUCCGACCAAGACAUAUUUUGAUUAAGUUUAAUGCCAAGGUAUUUGAAGGUGUCUCUACGUUCCAAGUUAUGUGCGUUGAUCUCUAAUGAAAACUCACGGAAUGAAUUGAGUUUACGCGUGCUGCCGAAGAUUACAAAUUUGCUUUUCUCAGCGUUCAAAGUUAAAAGAUUGUCAUUUAAAUAUCUGCGAAGGAUUUCAAGGUCAGCAUUCAAAUUUUCCUCAAGUUCCGACAACGUAGAGGAAGAGAAAUAAAGAACCGUGUCAUCUGCAUACAUAGUCACUUUACACUUCUUAAUACAAGACGGCAAGUCGUUCACGUAAAGGAUAAAUAGGAGUGGUACAAGGACACUCCCUUGUGGAACUCCAACUGAGACAUACUUUGCAGAAGAGGUAGCAUUAUCCACUCUUGUUACCUGUAUUCUCUGAUAUAGGUAUGAUUUGAACCAUGUUAUAGUGGCAUCAGUAAAUCCAGCCUUCGAUAAUUUUGAAAAUAGUAUAGAAUGGUUCACCGUGUCAAAGGCCUUUGAUAGGUGCAAAAAGACUGCUCCAGUGACAGCGCCUUUGUCCAUAUUAUCAAGAAUCGAGUCAGUAAAAUGUAUCAAAGCGACUUCGGUUGAUAGAUUUGGUCUGAAACCAAAUUGCACUGGCGAUAGAAUCUUUUCAUCCACAAGGUAUUUGUAAACUUGGUGAUGUGCAACCUUCUCUAAGACUUUGCUGACCGUGGGUAGAAUAGUGAUCAGUCUAUAAUUUCCAGAAUCGCAUCUGUCUCCAGAUUUAAAUAGAGCAGUGACUUUACCAAAUUUCCAGAUCGACGGGAAUUUCGACGACUCCAAUGACCUAUUGAACAACUUUGUUAAAACUGGUGCUAUUAAUGAGGCAGAGUCCUUUAGAAGACGCGCGCUAAUCUUGUCAAGUCCUAUGGCUUUGUUGGUCUUUAGCCGAUUUAAUUCUGUACGGACAAACGCUUUUUCUACAGGUUGGAAGUUGAAACCACUAACAGGAUUAGCAUCAACAGUCAAAGAAGGGUUUUUCCAGAUGUAAUUUAGACCAGGAGUUAUCUUAGCAGCGAGUUUCGAUCCAAUAGAAGAAAAAUAAUCAUUCAGGACUUCAGCAAUGGAUUGUGAGUCCGUAUAGGUUACGCCGUCCGCUUCAAUACAAGUGACUGGCGAUGUGGAUUUACGUGAUGUAAUUUCAUUGAGUAUUUUCCAUAGUCCACUAGAAUUGCUUUUGUUUCUGUUAAUUAAUUCGAGAUAAUAAUCGGCUUUACUCUUCUUAACUUGUUUGGUAACAAGGCAUUUCUCCGCGUGACACAAUUAAGUAUAGGUUAUUUUGAGGCAACGAGGGGAUAUGUGAUUUAUUCACCGAGGCGCGCAGCGCCGAGGUGAAUAAACACAUAUCCCCGAGGUGCCUCAAAAUAACGUACUUAUUUUUCACACUGCGAGGUCGCGUUAAUGAGUCAGAAUAGAAAUAAUUCUUAAUGCCAUAUUGCCUUCGUUAUGUUGUUUUUUUUCUCAUUUUUUGUGCUGCAGAGACAUUGCAGGUGAAUAUUAGAGGGGAUUAUUAAUUGCAGGUGAAUAUUAGAGGGGAUUAUUAAACGGAAAUUGAUUAGAGUGGAAUAUUGAAUAUAUUCCCCGCUAAGAACAAAGGGAACCGAGCAGGGUGAAAAAUAAGUUAGCUAUAAACUUCGAAAGUCGGUUUAUAACUCAUAUAUUGCCCUCGGACGCUGCGCGUCCUCGGGGGCAAUAUAUCAGUUAUAACCCUCCUUCUCGGCUUAUAACUCCAACUUAAAUGAAGUGUAAUGCAUUUGAAGGUCUUGAAGGGCCUAUAUGUACACACUCCACAACGUACGAAUGAAAUUUGAUAUAAAAUCAGUGCAAUUCAAGUUUUAAGAUAAAACGCUCCUGUUUGAUUCAGAGCUAGGUUUUGUUGGUAGCCAAGGACUAUUAAAUUAAGGCAAUAAUAGAGCUAAUAAUAUAUAUAUAUAUAUAUAUAUAUACAUAUAUAUAUAUAUAUAUAUAUAUAUAUAUAUAUAUAUAUAUAUAUAUAUAUAUAUAUAUAUAUAUAUGUAAUAUAUAUAUAUAUAUAUAUAUAUAUAUAUAUAUAUAUUUGUAUAAUAUCAGAUUUUCCAAGAAGAUCUUUUCUUGCAGGCUAUUGAAGCAAACAAGAAAUGAAACAAGAUGAAAAUGAAUAUUUAUUAAAUCACAGAUUGUUAAUUAAAUAUGAUACAAUCCAUUCUUGUGUGAAUAUUAGAAAAACAGUUUAUAGUCUGUCAUCAGAUUGUUGUCAAGGUUGUCAAGUUUGUAAUUUUAACAUCACAGACAUCAAUAAAAAAUUUCAGAGCUGUGAAAAAAAAACCUGAGAAAGAAGCGGGUUUUUUUGGGGUUUUUUUAGUACAGGGAUGGAUUUACUUGAGGUUAUUGGGGGGGGGGGGCGUAUUUUAGGUUAAAUCUGAGGCAACUAACCAACAAAAAAUACAAUAUUGAGCCUUUAUAACUAUAUAGGCAACUUUGUUUCGACAUGUUGGCUCCUUGAGCCUGUCCGGUGCCCUUAAUAAUGAUGCAUCCUGCAUCAGUUGAUGGUCAAGUCCUGCUUUAUGACCAGCACUUGUUCAGCAACCCCUCCUACCAAAUCAAAUUACAUCCAUCUCUAGUGUACUUUUUGGACGUACAGGAGUUUUUUAAAAUUUUUAUUGGGUUGUAUAGAGUAUGACAGCACCUAGGUUGCAUAUGCAUAAUGGCUGUAACUGAUUAAAUCUAAGUAAAAGGAUUUAUAUUUAAAACUACUCGUAUUCUUCCUUGAAAAUGGAAAAUGCUUUCAUUAAAGUUUUGCAUGUACCUAUAUUUAUUAUUAGCAUGACAAAAUUACUGGAUGCUGAUUGAUUGAGAGGAGUACAAUUAUUUCAUUAGUUUGUUACCUCCGCCAGGAGGUUAUGUAAUCAUCUGGGUUUGUAUGUGUGUGUGUGUGUGUGUGUGUGUGUGUGUGUGUGUGUGUGUGUGUGUGUGUGUGUGUAUGUGUGUGUGUUUGUCUGUGAGCACGAUAACUCAAGAAAUACCAAACAUAUCCGUACGAAAUUUUUUGAAUGCAUUUCCCAUCGGCUAAGGAAGAACUGAUUAAAAUUUGGUUGAAUUUGGUUAAAAAUUGAACGAGAAAUGAACAAAAUUUUGUCUUGCUUUUCCUGGUCAAUUAACAAAAAAUAUUACUGAAUGCGUAAUUAGGACGUGUAUAAUUUAUGCACUCAGUGCUAAGACAAUAAUGAGAUGAUAAACCUCAUUAAGCUUCGGCAUUCAUUAUCUAUUGUCUUAGUUGCAUUUCACGCGACCGAAAUUCAAUGUCUAAAACAAGGCUUACGGAGUUACGCAUUAUUACGUUCAGCAAAGUGCCAGUCCAUUCAAAUUCUAACAACAUUAGAUUACUUCAAUACAGGGUGUAUAAAAAAACGCAACCUCGGAAUUUCCCAAGAAAUCGACAUUGUUUUAAAGACAAAAGAUUUAGCUGCCUGGGAAUUUAAAAUAGCACAACUGUGAAAAUUACUGCACGCGCGAGUGCAUAAAGCAAAAUUUAUGCAUUUAUUUAAUGACACUUAAUAAGUUUUUACUUUACAAGUACUGUACAGGGUGUCUCAAAAAAACCCAAAAUCAUUGAAAUAACGUAUUGUUCGAAUUUCAAUGCCGUAACACAAAGGAUUUUGACAGGGUGAUUAAUUUGUUUUAAAAAAUUAAAAUAUCUUUGUAAAGUGAACGUUUGUUUGCUCAUGGGAAUUUAAAAAUGCUUCGUAAAUUGUAAUAUGCGUAAUAUGCAUUCGUGGGUUUAGUACUUUAUGCCUGACAUAACAAGUUUACGCUGAGUAUUACCAUUCAUUAUAGCAGUUAUGUCCAUCUUUUAUGCACUCGUGGGAUUAACUUAGUGCUAGGGCAUUGAAUAUCGAACAAUACGUCAAUUUCAAUGAUUUUGGGUUUUUUUGAGACACCCUGUACAGUACAACAACAGUAAUAUGUUCUAUUAGCAAUUCGAUUUCAAUUCGCGGGGGCCUGAAAUCUUUUAUGCUUAAGAAUUAUAAAGUGGAUUUCUUAGGAAAUUCCAAGGUUGCGUUUCACUUCCGAGUAACGGGCGGAGGUAUGCAGUCUCUGAGUGCCCUCUAGUUGCUUUUGUAUUAAUAACUUCUUUAGCAGAAGGCUCGAUCAGUCGAUCACAAUGCCAAUGGCAAUUUCUAUUAAAUGUAUACUAUAAACAAAAGCCCAAGUAAAUAAAAGUUCACAGCCGUAAAGUUUGAAAUAUUUGUUACAACAGUGCAAUUUUAUAGUUUGUACCUUUACUAGUAGUUAUAGCUUACAAAUCUAGUUCCUGCAAGUCUAGUUCUUCAACACUUCGGUUGUUGACAUGUUAACAUGUUAAUAUUCCAGCACUUUAAAUCAGGCAUAUGUCAUAUAUUAGAAUGUUAGGGUUUGUAAUCCAAGUGAGUAUAUAUACAUUUUAUGACCUGACCAGAAACUAUUGCGAAAAAUGCAGCACAAGGUCCUCUCAUUCCACCAAGUGAAGUGCAAGAAAACAAAUUAUAUGUCAUAUAUACCAAGAAUAACAGCAUAUAUAAUAACGCCCAGAUGACAGAAGAAUAUUAACAUUCGUCAAUUCAACAAAAACAAGUAGCAAAAAAUCGUAAAUGACAACGAAAUAUCACAACUUGCAAGAAAUCGUACUUUGUUGCAAGAAAUCGACCAAAAACUGCCAGGCGUCUCGCAUUUCAAGUGCACUCUUCCCAUUAGCCCCUUCGCCCAUCUCUCUCCACUACAAUACUUCAUGUAAACUCGUCAUAUGCCCAUCACUGUUUUUUUACAAAAAGACGCCUGGGUACGAGGCAGAACUUUAUGAAUGUCAUUUUUCCAUUAACAGUUAUAAUACGGUGUAGUGGACUCUUACCACCCCCCUUAAUGUGUUUUUUAGUUGGGAGAGGAGUUCUGAAGCCCCUUCAUAAUAUUUGAAGAUUACAUUACAUAAUACAAUAUUAAUGUCCAUUCGUUUAAUCGCUAAAGCUGAAUGGCAUUAUCCAUUGCAGACAUAUCAUAUCAGGCCUGAUAUCACACGCUAACUUCAGAUAUUGUUUGCCUUUGCUGGGUGGAACAACGAGCAUGGGGUCCUUCAUUUUCUCGCGUGUUUUCUCGGGUUAUAUACAGGUAUUGUCGAAUUACGUAAAUGUCCGUUUGAUAUUUCCAAUGUCUAUAUAGGAUGUUUUGCUGUCGAUACUUCAAUGUCCAUUGGUCCAU